AUGUCUGGGGACGACGGUACUUCGAUCACGACUUGGGACGAGGGUACUUCGAUCAGGGCUGGGGACGAGGGUACUAUGGCUGGGGACGAGGGUUCUUCGAUCACGACUUGGGACGAGGGUUCUUCGAUCACAACUUGGGACGAGGGUACUUCGAUCAGGGCUGGGGACGAGGGUACUAUGGCUGGGGACAAGGGUUUGUUGUCUGAAUCGAUAUUACUCUCUGCCUGGGUUAUAGUUUCAACAACAGUAUUCGAAUUGGAAGCCCACUUACGUAAAUUGAAACCACCAGCUAGCAUGAUAUAA